CUCUCUUCGAUUCAGACUCUCGCUGUAUGUCCCAAUCUCCCACUCCGCCGAUUUCAACGAGCUCAAUAUCCCAUCCACGCAUCUCAACGAUUCCUUUUACCAUUUGCAACGAUUUUCAAACCUCAAUUAAUCCAAGCAUACAGUCUCGUAUAGUAUUUUGUGCUGUCAGUUGAAGGAAUGGGUAACAAAAAGAAGGCUGCUUCACAGUUAAUUAGGCUUGUUUCAUCUGCUGGAACUGGUUUCUUUUAUGUGAAGAAGAAGAAUCCAAAAAAUCCGGUAAAGCUUGAGUUCCGGAAGUAUGAUCCACGUGUGAAUCGCCAUGUCUUGUUCACGGAGGCGAAGAUGAAGUGAUUAAGCAAGUUGCAGUUUUACGAUGGUAACAGGCUCAGUAGCUUCAACCUUUAAAUGUUUUGUAUCACAGACUUUCUCGGUGAGUAGUCUUACCAAAUAAGAAUAGUUGAGCAUUUUUGAAAGAUGGAUUAGAUGCUGGACACAGAUCCUUAAUUAAGUCAUUUGCGAACUGUGCUCUUUAUUUC